AUGUGGUCCUCAUUCGCACUCGACAUCGAAGUGGAGACCAAAGAACACAAUAGACUGUUAGAUAAUGUGAAACAGCUCUGGGAUAGGAGCAAUGAUGCGAAUGAUGGCCUCAAUUGUGAGCACAUAUUCUUCUCUUCUUUCGUCUCCACCUUUCGAUCUUUCGUUUCAAUCAAACAAAAUUUGGUGGUGGGCUGUGUGUCAGCGUCAUACCAGUACGGGUCCCGCGUAAUGGCCGGUCGGGGCGCUGGUGGCGUUAGUAUAGGCUUCAGCCCCGGGGCCGGUAAGGGUCUAAUUGGCGGGUAG